GGGGAUUCGAAAUUGUUCAGACUCGCAACAGAGUGCAACCCUCGUGGACUGGUUACCACCCAACUGAACUCCAAGACAGGCCGAUGAGUUCGGUACAAUGAUACCCACAUGGUUACCCACCUACCUGCUCACUUUACCUUCUUCUUUGGAACGCUCAGAACAGCAUUUCCAUUCGGGGGGUGACUCGAUCCUGCCUCAGUAACGAUGUCUAGAGCUCCACACACGCUAAUUGAUCUCGGGCAUCCGAUCUCCACUCGCACUAACACGAUCGCUGAAACCCCGAGGCCCCCGCUGGAUCUGGGAAUCUCCAACAUUUCGAGAACCACCGAUCACAAAGCUACCUCGUACCAUGGCAUGUCGACGGAUCCGCACCGUCAGAUCCCGAUGCUGCAGUCAACCCGCCCUCGCCCUUUCUCCUUUGACAUCUACACUGAUCCACAGCAGGGUGACAAGGCCACCGAAAUUCGACUAUUCAGCUUCCAGCGCCCGCACAUGCGGGCCUUCCAUUACGCAUGGCUGUCGUUUUUCAUUGCGUUCUUCGGUUGGUUCUCGAUCCCACCGAUCAUGCCGACCAUCAAGAAACAGCUCAAUUUAACGGACGACCAGGUUUCCAACUCAAAUAUUGUGUCACUUUCCAGUACCAUUAUCGGUCGACUAAUUGUUGGGCCCCUUUGCGAUCGCUACGGAGCACGCACUAUUCAAUCUGUGCUGUUGGUCGUUGGAGCUGUCCUCGUCGCCUCUGCGGCACUCGUGACGAGCUACACUGGUUUGAUGCUGACGAGGUUUUUCAUCGGUCUCGUGGGGUGCACCUUUGUGGCUACUGCGUACUGGACGUCGACCAUGUUCUCACACGAGGUGGUCGGUAGCGCCAAUGCCAUUUCGUGUGGCUGGGGUAACUUGGGUGCGGGUGUGACUUACUUGAUAACUCCUCUUGUCUUCGAUCUCAUCACAGUUAACGGUACCAUUUCGGACAAUUACGGCUGGAGAAUAGCACUCGUAUUUCCUGCCGUUCUCAUGGUUGCAAUAGGUAUUUGCACCUAUUUGUUCUCGGACGACUGUCCACAGGGCAACUACGUCGACCUCAAACGCAACCACGUCAUGGCUGACCGAGCUAAAUCGGAGUUGUAUUAUGGGUUCAUGGCGGUCGCUCGACAACCGGUCGCUUGGAUUCUUGCCUUCCAGUACGCCUGCUGCUUCGGUGUCGAGCUGCAAGUCCACAACGUGCUUAGUCUGUAUUACUACGAAGACUUCACGAUUGCCGGGUGUGACAUAGAGACUGACGCCAAUGAAUGCCGUCUACUGACCCAAACCAAAGCUAGCGUCAUUUCGUCCUGCUUCGGUCUUAUGUGCAUCUUUGCUCGAGCUAUUGGAGGGUACGUUUCCGACGUCGCAAACCGCCACUACGACAUGAAAGGCCGCAUCUCCAUGCAGAUGUUGUGUCUUGCAGGACAAGCUAUAUUUCUCUAUCUCUUCAGCCAGAUCCAAGUGCUAGCUUGGAGUAUCCCGUGCCUCGUUGUUUUCGGGUUCUUCGCUCAAGCAUCUACCGGAACAACGUAUGGUAUUGUUCCCUACGUCUGUCCUGAACACACUGGCGUGACAUCUGGGAUCGUUGGUGCCGGGGGUAACAUGGGUGGUCUCGCGUGGGGGUUCCUCUUCAAAGAAGUUGUGAAUCGCGCAAAGUCUUUUGAAUACUUGAGCUUCUUUGUAGCGGCAUCUUCAGUUUCAUCCGUGUUAAUCCAGAUCCAUGGAGAGCGUUCGAUUUGGUCUCGAGGCGGGGGAGUGAGUGGGCGAGCUCCUCAACACCUCAAUUUCUCUCGCGACGAUACCGCUAGCAACUGGUAGGCAGUUGAUGGACUCUAAUUGCUAGAUAAUGUACACGAACACGCUGUUUGCCUUUUAUCACAUCCUA